AUGUCCCAGGAAUUCAGCUACCAAGAUGUUGCCGAGCACAACACCAAGAAGGACCUCUAUGUCGUGAUCCACGACAAGGUCUACGACAUCACCAAGUUUGUCGACGAGCAUCCCGGUGGUGAGGAAGUUCUCCUGGAUGUUGGCGGUCAGGAUUCGACCGAGGCUUUCGAGGAUGUCGGCCACAGCGACGAGGCACGAGAGGCUCUGGACAAGCUGCUAGUUGGCGAACUGAAGCGACAGGCCGGCGACCCUGAGCCCUCCAAGAGAUCUGUCCCCGCCAAUGUCGGAACUGCUGAGUCGACUGGCAGCGGCAUUGCUCUCUACGGCGUUGUCCUCCUCGGCGGUGUCAUCGCCUACUUCACCCUCCAGUACUUGCAGGCCAAGAACGCCUCUAGCCAGCAGGCAUAA